CCGCGUCUCCAUGGCGCCCUGAAGGCGGCGGCGGCGGCGGCGGAGUCCCUAGGCCGCGUCCUCGUCCUCGGCCGCGAGUGAUCUCGAUGCCGAGCACCUCGGAGGCGGCGGCCGGCGGGAGUGGGGGAAGCCGGGGCUGGGGGAGCGGCGGCGGCGCGGCGGCGGAGGCGGCCGCCGAGAAGAAGCGGCUGCAUCACCGGAGACGGAAGCGCUUCGCGGCCCAGCCGCAGCCUCCCCCCCCGCCGCCGGCCCCGCACCCGCUGCUCUUCCCGCUCCUGCAGCCGCCCCUCCUGCAGCCCCCGCUCCUGCAGCCGCCGCUGCCGCCGCAGUCCCUGCUCUUCCUGGCGGCCACCGGCGCCUCCUCCUGCUGCGGGGACGGGGGGGAGCGAAAGCGGCCGCGGGGCAAGCGGCGCUCGGGAUCCCGGCACAAGCGGCGGCGGGGCCGCGGCGGAGGCGGCGGCGGCGGCGGGACCCAGGAGGCGGAGAAGCGGCGCGGUAGCGGGGGGCUGAGCACGCUGGUGGAGGAGUACGACGACGUGAGCUCCCAGUCCGAGGGGCUGGUGGGCGGCGGCGCGGCCGGCGGCGGAGCGGGCAGCGGCGCGGGGAGCCCGGCCUCGUCCCCGGGCGGCGGCGGAGGCGGGAGUCAGCGGCUGCGGGGCGAGGCGGAGAGGAGUGGGCGAUCCCGCCGGGAGCAUCGCAGCGGCAGCGGCCGCUCAAAGGAGCGGCACCGGGAGCACCGGCGGCGGGGGGAGGAGAAGGCGCAGCAGGAGGGGGCGGCGGCGGGCCGCGGGGGGAGCGAGGCCGCCUCGUCCUCCUCCAAGUCCCGCAGCCGCCACAACCACGCCGGGGGCCAGGACCGGGAGGGACUCAAGAGCGGCGGCGGCGGCGACGGCCGCAGGAAGGGCUCCCUUGCUUCGCCCGGUAGCGGCAGGAAAGAGCGGGAGAGUAAAGCGCACCGCAGCCGGACUAAAGCGGCCAAAGAGCCGCCGUCGGCUUACAAGGACCCGCCGAAGGCCUACCGCGACGACAAGCCCGAGCCCAAGGCUUACCGGCGGCAGCGCUCGUCCCCCAGCCCUGGCCGAGACGACAGUCCACCGCUGCAUCGCUCCUCGCAGAGCCUGCGGAGCCGCAAGUCGCUGAGCCCCGCGGGCGGCCGCUCGCCCCUCAGCCCCUACAGCCGCCGCCGAUCCCCCAGCUACAGCCGGCACAGCUCCUACGAGCGCGGUGGAGAUGUGUCGCCCAGCCCCUACAGCAGCUGGCGGCGGUCGCGGAGCCCCUACAGCCCCGUUAUCCGACGGUCAGCAAAAUCUCGAAGCAGAAGUCCAUAUUCAUCAAGGCACUCAAGAUCUCGUAGCAGACACAGGUUGUCCAGGUCGAGAAGUCGUCAUUCAAGUAUUUCUCCUAGCACAUUGACUCUGAAGAGUAGCCUGGCUGCUGAGCUGAACAAAAACAAAAAAGCAAGAGCAGCUGAGGCAGCAAAAGCCAGUGCAAAAGCUUCCAACACUUCAACGCCAACGAAGGGAAACACUGACACUGCUGCAAGCGCACCUCAAUUGAACAAUGUAAAGGACCUGAAGAAAGUAAAAAUUGAGCAUACACCUUCUCCUACGAGCAGCGUAAAUGUGAAGAAUGACAAGGCAAAAGCAAAGGUCUCACUUCCAGAAACUAAAGGAGAAAAUAAUCUGAUCGCAGACAAAAAUACUAAACAGAAAGCUACAGCGGUAAAAGAGGACAAAGCAACUGUUGUAAAACAGCAACCGGUCACUGUAAAAGAGAAAACCAAACCGAGCACACCGAGCGUAGUAACAAAGGAGAAGGAGAAAAUUGUUGCACUACCAGCCUCCACACUGCCACCCUUGCCUUUGCCUCCCACGCUGCCUGAAGAUAACGAAACUGAUAGUAACUUGAGAGAAAAUAUUACAGUGAAGUCAGUUAAAGAAACAGAGAAGAAACUUCGCCAUCUGCUUGCAGACUUGCCACUUCCACCUGAGUUGCCGGGAGGAGCUGAGUUAGGCAAAAGUCCUGAAGAAAAGAAACCAACAGUUCAGUUACACAGCAAGAGGAGACCAAAAAUAUGUGGACCACGUCAUGGUGAAACAAAAGAAAAAGAAAUAGACUGGGGAAAACGCUGUGUGGAUAAAUUUGAUAUCAUUGGUAUUAUUGGUGAAGGCACUUAUGGACAAGUUUACAAAGCUAGGGAUAAAGACACAGGAGAAUUGGUAGCACUAAAGAAAGUACGAUUGGAUAAUGAAAAGGAAGGGUUUCCAAUUACAGCUAUCCGGGAGAUUAAAAUUCUUCGACAGCUUAAUCACCAAAGCAUUAUCAACAUGAAGGAAAUAGUGACAGAUAAGGAAGAUGCUUUGGAUUUCAAGAAGGACAAAGGUGCAUUCUAUCUGGUAUUUGAAUAUAUGGACCAUGAUUUGAUGGGACUGCUGGAAUCUGGUUUGGUUCAUUUUAAUGAAAAUCAUAUAAAAUCAUUUAUGAGACAGCUGAUGGAGGGUUUGGCCUACUGCCACAAGAAGAACUUUUUGCACAGAGAUAUAAAAUGUUCAAAUAUUCUACUAAAUAACAGAGGGCAGAUAAAGCUUGCAGAUUUUGGGCUUGCUCGGCUGUACAACUCGGAAGAAAGCCGACCAUAUACCAACAAAGUUAUUACAUUAUGGUAUCGGCCUCCUGAACUUCUGCUUGGAGAAGAAAGAUACACGCCAGCUAUCGAUGUCUGGAGCUGUGGCUGCAUCCUGGGUGAACUUUUUACAAAAAAGCCAAUAUUUCAAGCAAAUCAAGAACUUGCUCAGCUGGAACUUAUAAGCCGAAUCUGUGGGAGCCCUUGUCCAGCAGUGUGGCCUGAUGUUAUAAAGUUAGCUUAUUUCAACACAAUGAAACCAAAGAAGCAGUAUCGUCGAAAACUGAGAGAAGAGUUUGCAUUCAUCCCACCAGCUGCAUUAGAUUUGUUUGAUUACAUGCUUGCUCUGGAUCCCAGCAAGCGCUGCACAGCUGAACAAGCUCUUCAGUGCGAGUUUCUGCGAGAUGUGGAACCAUCUAAAAUGCCUCCCCCAGACCUUCCUUUGUGGCAGGAUUGCCAUGAGCUGUGGAGUAAAAAACGCAGAAGACAGAAGCAGAUGGGCAUGACUGAUGAUGCAACAGCAGCUAAAGUCCCUAGGAAGGAUCUGUCUCUAGGCAUGGAUGAGAGCAGAACCAACACCCCACAAGGCAUGCAAACUUCUUCCCAACUCAAAACUCAGGGCAACUCUAGUGUAGCACUUGCAAAAACAAGCACUGGACAGCAGUUAAACCAGAAUGAAGUGGCAAUCCUGCUAAACCUCCUACAGUCUAAAACAAGUGUUAGUUUGGCACAGUUUGCCCAAGUGUUGAAUAUUAAGGUAAACCCAGAGACUCAGCAGCAACUAAAUAAAAUAAAUCUUCCUGCUGGAAUUUUGUCAGCAGGUGAAAAACAGUCAGAACAGCAGCCGCCGCCGCCUCCACCGCCACCGCCGGAACAGGAGUCCCUAAAACAGCCGACCGUCACGCAGCCUCCUGUGCCACCUGCUCAGCUGAGUCAGCCCAAAGUGGAAACUGACGCUGCCCAGGCAGCUGUACAGAGUGCAUUUGCUGUUCUGCUGUCUCAGUUAAUAAAGGCUCAGCAAACAAAACAAAAAGAUUUGGUGUUGGAGGAGAAGGAAAACGGAUCAGGAAAUGAAAUGUCGUUACAACUCAGGCAGCCUGCAGAGCCCACCACGCCUGCAUCUCUCAGCCGGGACGACAUGGAAUCUCCAGCGCCCGGUUACCCACAUCUGAUCAAGUCAUUAUAUACUCCUGCAGGUCAAGAGGACCUGGCUAGGCAGGCCGAGAUGAGGCUCCUGAACCGAACGCCGGAACAGGAACGCCCUCGGAUCCUGCCUCCAGACCAGCGUCCCCCGGAGCCCCCAGAGCCCCCUCCUCUCACUGACGAAGACCUUGAUUAUCGGACAGAGAACCAGCAUUUGCCUAUAACUAACUCUUCAGGAACAGAUCCUCACGCAGGAGUGAAAGCGGCGCUUCUGCAGCUGCUCGCUCAGCAUCAAGCUCAGGCAACGACAGAGGAGCCCGUACAGACGAGCGUGGAUUACCAGGCUAGAGACUCCUAUGUAGCAGGCCCAGACUACAAGGACAACUUUGGAUCGUCUGCCUUCUCCUCUGCUCACUAUGGCGGCAGCGAUGGCAUAGGAAGCGGGUCAUCGGGAGCGCUGGAGCGAAGGAGCUUCCUCGGGAACGCAGAUAUUCAGCCUUUGGAUAACUACAGUACUGCUUCAUCUCACUCACAGGGAGGUGCCCCUGCCCCGUCUGCCUUUUCAGAGUCCUUUCCCAGCUCAGUAACUGGCUAUGGAGACAUUUACCUCAACGCCGGCCCCAUGCUCUUCAGCGGAGAUAAAGACCAUAGGUUUGAAUACAGCCACGGCCCAAUCUCAGUCCUGGGGAACAGCAGGGACGCUGUGGGGCCGGAGAGUACUCAUUCCUUGCCUGCUAAGAUGCACAACUAUAGCUAUGGAAGUAACUUACAGGAGAACCCCGGUGGCAUCAGCCACGUGCAUGGACAGACCUGGACAUCCCCUGCACAAGGACCUGGCUACUCCCAAGGCUACAGGGGGCACAUUAGCACGUCUGCAGUGAGAGGGCGAGGCAGAGGAUUACCAUUUUGAGUAUCUGUUUUUCCUCAGGCACAUCGUUUUUAUCUGGAAAAACUUUGGUUUUUUUUUGUUUUCUAGCUGCAGUUUAAAGCAGCAAUUCAACAGACUUGAAUAAUAUUAAUUCAACAGCUUUAUUUUUAUGUGGAAAAGGGUCUUGCAUACAGUAGGAAAAAUUAAAAAUGCUUAAAACUCAUGCUGUCUGAAAAAGAGAUGAAUUGAUUGUACAUGUUCACAAACUAGUUCUGAAUUAUUAUUUUUUUUUUUUGUAUUUUGGCAGUUUUAAGUGGAUGCUAAAUUUAGGGACAUCAGCUUUUUAUGGCACUCUUUCAGAUCUUCUGAACUAUGCACAUUUGUGCUUUUUUUGUAAGUUUGGACCAACUUUUAUGUAAAAAAAAAAAAAAAAAAAGAGAAUUUUACAACAAUCAAAGCAGGGCACUGAUUUAUUUGGUAUUUUUCUUUUUACAGAACUACCUUUAGUCAAAGGUCACUGUCAGUCAUUGCACUGCUUUCAGUGUUAUUGUGGAAGGCGUACUUUGUGCUCAUUUCAGAUAAUAAAACACAACCUUUCUCUUGAUGCAAAAUUUUAUAAAUAUUUGGUCGAUGUUAAUUUUUUCUUUCCAAAAAAAAGAAAAGAAAAGAAAAAAAAAGAAUGGAUGUUCUGGUAAAAUGUUCUCUCCAUCUCCCGGGCUCGUUUAUAUAUAAACUGUUUUACUUGAAUGGUAAGUGCCUUAACACGUAAGCUUAAGGUCUGCAAAAGUUGGAAGUACUCUAUAAAUCAAUGCUACAGUAAUACUGAAACCUAGGUAGUUAAUCAGAAAACCAGAUAAUAAUAGGAAACUCAAAUAGGUCAUGACUUUGUGUUGUUUACUUCAUGUGGACCAGUUAUUUAGACAUCUGAUCCUAUCUUGAUCAUCAUCAUUUCCAAAUUGAACUUCGUAAGAAACUGCAAAAGUGAGAAGAGUGAAGAGCGCAGUUUUUCCUCAGCUCCUCUUUGGAGUUGUAGUAAUUGAUUUCCCUCCUCUGCCAAAUAAACUAUGCUUCUUAUGUCCUUUCCAAGUGGUGAAAAAAAUUCUCCUCUUAAAUGUCAACAGCAGUAAUUACUGUGUGUGAAAAGCUGAUGCUAUCUCCUUAUUACGACAGCUGCUGCAUUAUGGGAAGUAAACAAAGGACAAAUGACCAGUAUUUAAAGCAGACAUUUUACACUAGUUCUAAUUCUGUAAACUCUUGAUUGUGCCAACUAAUCGUCCUUGUAUCUGCUAUCCACCCAGUAUUCUAGAGUCGGAAUCGAGUCUCUCUGAACAACAGAUAAAACAACUGUAGUUAAAACUCUUAAUGAACCAAGAGCCACUCCUCAGUAACCAUAACAUGGAGCAUGUUUUUUUUCCUGUGGUGACAAGCGGUCCCUCUCCUGCAGAGAGGAGGUAUGGUUAUAUUUUGCAUGUACGUAAAAGAAUGUUUUUAAAGCCCAUAUUGGAAACAAUUUCCCAACUGAUUCUCCAGUUGACAAAUCGGUACCUUAUGUAACUGAGUGUUGAAUUAUUACUUUUUAAAAAGUAAAAUUUCUACUUACACUAUUUCAAAUGUAGUCUUGUCAGUGACUUUUUGGACUUUCAGAAUAGAAGCCAAAGGUGUCGAUGUUUUGUUUUAAUUUCAAAACCUCGGUUCUUGUUGAUGGCCGAGUGCCGCGAUGCAGGGCAUGGAGAAAGUCACUGUGCUGACUGUGUGGAUUGAGGAUCUGGCAGGUGGGAGAUGGAGGUGUCCCUGUAAGUCCGGCAGCUGCCUUCGCCAGGCACAGAAGGGAGUCCUGCCCUCUGAAGGCAAAAUCAGCCCAGGCAGUCAGGAACAAGCGCUCGUGGCCGCGUGCUUUAGGAAAGUCACAGCUUGCCGGAGUGCGAGGCAGGUUGGGUUCCUUUAAGGACCUCAGUAACAUUUUUCUGCUGGUUGAAUUUUAAAGGCUGAAAUCAUUAUUCUCAUUUAGGUACGGACAGCAUCAGCUGAGGCUUAUUUGUUUACUAAUUGAUAGGAAAAAAAACAACCCCAAGAGGUUCAGACAGUUGUUUGUUGGUUUGUUUUUUGAGUUAAGCAAGACUUUUACAGCUCUUAGGCCGUUGUUUUCACUAAAAACGUGCAGCCUCGUGUUACUCUACUGCACUUCCAAUGUAAAUUGGAAAGAAAAAAAUAAAAAGCAGGCAAGUUCAAAUGGAAGGUAGGUUUCAAGGAGGACUAAGUGGUUUGACUUUCAGUACUGCAAGUGAAGGCAGGCGGAGCAGCACCACUGCUGGCUGGCAUUGCUCUGCUGCCACGUUGUUGUGCUGAGAUGGAUUUUGGUCUUCAGAUGUAAAAGCGAAGCUGACACAAGUAGCUGUGGCUGUGAUGGAUACAAAGGAGAUGGAGUAGACAGCCGGCUUCCGCGUGGAUCUAAACCAAAACUUGCACACUAUUGCAGAUGCGUGUUUCCCAAAUUCAGUGUAAGGAUUAGCAGCCUGUGACCGAAGACUGUUAGCUUGGGACAGCGGUGCUGGUGUAGCACAGGGGGACAGUCAGCACAGGAUGAUGGCUGAGCAAGGAGGCUGCUGCCUUCUCUGCAGCCCGGGGAUCUGCCUGGCUCCCCCUGGUCUGGGCCUGGUCUAGGAGUUAUCCAGGCCCGAGGGCUGCCCACCUUGGGUUGUGCUGGCCCCACGUGUGACUUAUCAACGUUUCUUUUCUGUACCGUAUUAAGAGGUGCUCACAUCAGUUGAGAAUUUGACCCUUUUGAACAAACUUCACUUAGCAGAGCGAGUCAGUGCUAGUGCAACAUUUGGCUUCGCGUGGCCGUUGCGUUUCUGCUGCAGUCGCAGGCGUUCUGAAAGCCGUGUGAUUUUCUGCGGAGCCAUGGCUUUGGUUACUUCCCACCUCCCUUUGGGUUUACUUUUUCUGUGCUGCAAUUCCAAAGUGUGCUACAGAGACCUGGACACCACAUCAAAAAGUAAGUGUUGUGUGUUUGUGUUUCUAAAACAUAGCAAAGUACUGUAACCAUGGACCAUGGAAUAGCAAGCGUUGUUAUUUAUACUGAGCGGUCAUUAGCCACACCAAGAGGAGAAAUGUGAGCACGACCGGACUGCUGGAUGUGACUUAAGGCACUUAGAGUAUUAGAACACUUACAAUCAGCCAAAGGAAAAGGAACUGACUUGUGUCGUGGAUUGCUAGCUGUGACCUGAAACGGAGCGGUGUUUGGGAAGGGGUGUAAAAAUACAUGUCUUUAAAUGUUAAUAGAAUUCCCUGGGGGGGGGUGGGCGGAAAUUAAAUGGCAAAUUUCUGUAUUUUCUUAUGUUUCCACAAAACGAGUCUGUGUUGAAUUUCCUUCUUGCUGCGGCAGUGUGACAGCAGAGGCGCCGAGUGCUGCAGUGUUGAGCUCUGCGGGGUUUGGAGCUCUGCCCUUGUGCUGGUCCCUGCUGCAGGCAGGUUCUGGUGUGGCGCAGUUGCACUGGGAUCUGUUUGGUCUCUGACAGUGGGAACACAGCUCUCGUCCGCGCGCAAAUUGGAUCUCAGACCAUGAAUCCUGUUUCCAAGAGAGGAAAUCUCAUGUAUUUCUUGCAUUCUCUUAGUCAAUGAAACACACAAGCAUUUUACAUUUCUCCAGUCUGUUGUUACAGCAUUUGUACAGGAGGAAAUUUGGCUGUUUCCCUUCUUGAUGGUUGUGGGAUGUUCUUCAUACAUGAGUGUUAAGAAGAUAAAGGAUCACAGAAAAGUGAUAUGAAUUCUGUAUUUAAAAAAUGAAAUGACCUUGGGUUAAAGUCGAACUAACUUUUGCUUAUCAGGGUGAAGAAUACUUUAUUGCAGGAGUUAUUUCAAGACAACGUAAUUUAAAAUAAUCAAACUGUUAUGCUUCAGCUUGCUUACCCUUCGUUAUUUUAAGCCAUUUGUAUAUAAAUGUAUCGUGUGGCUUGUAAAUAAAAUACAUGAAAACUUGAAGUCUCUCAUUGUUUUUCCUCUUUGGUUAUCGAAGGGAAUUUUAAGAGAGCUUUGGAUUAAUUACUUUCUCAAGAUCCAUGGGAACGUGAUUUUUCAGUAUGUGAAAAUGUUGUUAGUUCUUCAAACAAAUAUUUCCUUCUCUGCUGCCUUUUGGAGGAGAACUGCAGAUGCUCAGUGCUGGAGCCGGGCUCCUGGGCAGCGCGUGGUUUGGCAAUGGUGCUGCAGGCACGGCUGCAUGCUGGGGUGCAAUUCAAAGGGUGAGUGGGAGGCUGCUGCAACUGCAACAAUCUCCUACCUGAGUGUUUUUAGGGCAUUCUCUGCUGGCCAAGCAGAAACACGGUUGCUGUUCUCCCCCUCUCCAGCUCCAUAAGGAGGCUGGUGAGCAUGCUGAAGGGUGGGAUUCAGAAACAAAGGGUCGGGUAUUUUCAGGAUCUGGUGAUGCAGUGUUGCUGCAGGGGCAGCAAGGCAGAUAGAGCGUGGCCCCAGCGGUUGUGCUAUGAGUGCCUUAGGCCUCAAUGCUUUGUUUUCCUGCUGUGUCAGUUAACAUAGUGAAAAAGAUGCCUUUUCCCACACAUGCUGUGUUUUCAUCCAAAGCCAAGUCACUUGCUGUACCUUCCGCAUCGUUAGCCGCAGGCUGAGCAGGAGGUUGCUGCCUUUACACCAGCAGCUUGUUGAUAAACACCCCGUGCAGAGGGUGAAGGGGAAGUCACAGGUCAGUGCUGGUCAUGCUGACGUUAAGCUGACAGAAUGUCUAGCAGCGGCCAAAAGGAUCUUCCUUUCUGACAGUAAAUAUAUUGGCAGCAGCUCUAAGAAAAGCCUGGGCUGUUCUUCAGGCAGGCAGCUUGUUCCACGUUAUGCAAGUGGUGACCUGCACACAGCAGAUCAGAUGGGUGCUGUGCAAAGGGCAACGGGAAUCAUCCCAGCUGGAUCUGUGUGAGUCAACCUUCUAAAAGCUGCAGCAAGUGAGAGAGGAGAGGGGCAGAAAUGGCUGCAGUGCCACAGCCUGCGUCAAGGACCGUGUGUGUGAAGUCAGUGGCAAAGAACAGGAGAAAAAGUAUUCCACCUUGCAGCCCGUGCUAUUAAAUGAGAUGGAACAAGAUUCGGCUGCUCCUAUUUGUAAGGCAUCCGGCAGAAGGGAUUACAUCCAUGACAUCCACCAGCUCCCCGUUGCAUGGGGACGUCGGAGCUCCUGGCAGCCACAGCAAACAAGCGGAGAAAGAAUUUGGUUUGACAAACAAGAGCUGCUUCCUUUUCCCAGCUGACUGCAAUUACCUCCACGUUGCUGAGGGGCUCUCCUUUGAGCCCCCUGCAUGUUGUGUCUGCUUAGUUCAGCCUCUUUUUUAUUGCCUGUGGAGGGAGCUUGCCAUCAGUGUAAUUCAACUAGGAAAGAAAUAUGAGUUCUACUGCAAUGUUUCACUUUCUUCAGGUAUAACAGCACUUGCUAAUAGGCCAUACUCCAAUCACCUCUCACAGCUCAGUUUCAAUUCUGCAGAAACAGUUCCUCCAGGGGCACUUGGGAGGUGCUGCUGCUGUGGGGAAUCCUUGUGAUAUGAAUGGGUCUCUCACAAGGCCUCUUUCAAAGAGGAUGUGCAAAAACUUCUUCAACACCAGGAAAUACGGUGUGGAAGAGACGUAAAAGGGCUGCUGUUGCUUCUCUUUGUUUUUCUCCAGCUUUAUUAUCCUUUGUGGAGGUUUGGGGUGUCAGCUUCCCCAUGAGAAUUCCCUUGCUGUCCCCCGCCAUGCAUGCUGGGCUUCCCAGCUCCCUGCACUUGCAGCCCUGCCAGGGUGGGCACAAUGCAAUGGAUGGAAGCUCUCCCUCAUCCUAUCCCUCACAGCUGAAUUUAAUGGCUUGUGCUGAACUUUGUAAUGGUUGCUGGCUUUCUCCUCUCCAUAGAGUGGUGGCAGGGAGAUGCUCCUUACACUGACAAGUUUUGUUUCUGGAGAUAGGAAUAGCCUGUCCUCUGGGCUUCUCCUCUAAAUUAAGAAUAAUAAGGCCUAAGCCAAAAAAAAAAAACACCUUCCUGUCAAUAAAUCACUAUAAGUCAAGCCAUCAGAAUGGCCCAGCCCCAUGGCAAAGUUUCCUGCUGCAUUGCAUCUCUUCUCCAAAGUCUUUCUCUUCUGUUCUGCCAAGUAAUCCAGUAGCUGUGUUGGUGCUCUAGAAAUAAUGACAGGCAUAUUUUUUCCCCCUUGUUCCUGUUUCAAAUUGUUUCAUGCAGCAGAUUAUGGAGAAGAAAGUGUAUGAAGGGAUCUUAGAGCUGCAUGGCAAACUCUUGCCUUGGAGCUGUAUUCCUUCUGGGAGCCCUGUGGAGCCAGGAGGAGGAGGUGCUGUGCAGGGCAACAUCUGCCAGAGCAAAGCAGGGAACGUGCUUAAUGCUGGAACCUCAGAGCAUCUUGCAGUGAAAUGCAAGAGAAGUGCAUUCAUCCAUAUGUUUAAGGCCAAAAGUUUCCUGAAAAUACCAUCUUUUCUAUUCCUUUUUUUUUACAGUGGCCCACUUUAGUCUCUACAAAACAAAGCACAUCCAACAAGAAUCUCUCUCGUAUACCUUUUUUCCCCCCCAGUUGCCAGCCAGUCUGAGCCCUGACUUACUGUAGAAAUCCUCCUCCUAGGGAGCGGAGGCAAAUCUGGUAUUUCUGGGUGAGAAAAUCACUAAAUGAGAAACUGGUACGAACUGAGUGCGGUGGUUCCCCUACCCGUAAGGGCUCCUGUCAGAGGUGGAGGGCUGCCUCUCAGCAGCACAGCAUGACCUUUCCCACGUGUCUUUGGGGUGGUGGCAGAUACAGGAGUUACUUGUUUGGGAAUCUGGGCUACGGGACUUGUCUGAGGUCACACAGAGCGUCCACAGCCAAUAAAGAGUGGAUUUGGGUUGUCCCAUGGUUCUACCUGGGUUACAGCACUUUGCACGAGGAUGAGCAAAGGGAUGUUCCAGUUUGUGAAACUCCAAUGCCUUUCUCUGCAUUUAGGUGAGAUAACAUGGAGGUCCUCUUCCUUGGGGAGCCAGAGGAAGCUCUGAAUUUUUGGAGGAGGUUCUUGUCCAGUAACAUUACUAUUCCCAUGCAAUAAUAACAGAUAAUAAUGUAAAAAACAAAUAUUGUUGUGUAACAACUGAAAAUCCAGUAUUACUGACGUCGCCAUAUUCAUCUCCUAUUUUUCCUGCUGGAGAAAAAGAUAAUUUUCUCAUCUCCCCCAGUGUUUGCUGUUCCUUUUUGCCCCUGUGCCGAUGGAGGUGGGCUGCUUGCAGGGCCAGCACUGCAGGGAGGUGGGGCUGCUGCCUCUGCUGCCCUGCACCGCUGCUCAGCCUGUUCAUACCUUGUGAAUUCUCCAUAAAGCAAGCUGUUACAGUGAGCUGCAGUGUGCUGUGGGACUGUGCACCCCUCCCUGCCAUCCGUCGUGCUACUGAAGAACAGCAGUUGUAAAAAUGUGUUUAUUUACUGGUGACAAUUGUUCAUCACUGGGGGAAAAAUCAGGCUAAGGAGUACAGCAGACAUGGGAAGUGAACAGAAAGCUGUUAAUGAUGGCUAGGAGAAGGGGGUGGCAAAUACUAAUUAAAAACUUAUCCGCAGAUGGUCUGGUGGCUCCACACCAGGAAGGUAUCACUGUAAGCCUGGCAGGCUUUGUUAGGAGCUGCGAAUGCUUUUCUCCACACAUUGCUUCUUGUUACAGCCUGCAGAUCCUGCUCUGACUUCCCCACAAGCACAUACAGUUACACAGGACAGCAAAAGAAGCAGUGCAUGGAGCAGUAAGAAUUUUUAUUUGCACACCAUACUUGCAAUUACAACCUUGCCUUUUGGGCACAAUGGCAAAAGAAAUCCCACCGAAUUGCAGACCUGCUCUGUCAUAAACACAACUCUGUUUCAGCUUAUACUGUAAGACAAACCAGAGGUGGCUUUCUCUUUCAGCUGAUCUCAUGGCAGACUCUUCAUUUUUUUCCUUCUUUUGUUGUAGAUCACAAACAUCGCCCCCUUGCAGCCUCUCAACUUUCACACAAUUCAUUUAAAUAUGGAUUCUUGUGUAAUAUGGAAUUUAUAGGAAAAGAAUUCUAAGGAGUCAUACGGUGGCACAGUAUGCAGUCAGUAGGCCGGUAGGUAAAUCAAGUAUUCUUUUCAAUUAUUUUUUUUUCUUAAAGCAACAUUUAUUUAAAAACAUUUGCUGUUCUUUCUGAAACAAUAUGAAUGAAAAAGAAAUGUUUGAGAAAAUGUCAGCAUUUCAAAGAAGGCUUAAUUUUCACCAAAAGAUUUUGGUGAAACUGGCAUGACUGCUUGAAAUGCGUGUUUCUUUUGGGUUUGUCUUGGAAGAGGAGCAACCAGCACCCAAGCGUUGGUGGUUUAGGUGUGAUCAUCUGUUAUUUCUACAGAACUGAAAAGAAAAAUGCAGUACGAGAGGGACUGGUUACACUGACAAGCUAAAACAUUUUCAGACAUCCUUGAGACAACAGAAGAGGCCGCAGGUGAUGGUGAAGGUCAGCUGAGUGUGCAGAACAACACGGAGUUGAGAUCGUCACCAACACUGACCCAACCCGAGGGAGUCUGUUUCCAGCUGUAUUUUGAGUGAGAACAAUAUGCAGAACUGCUGCUGCUCUUUGCAAAGGGGAUAAAUGAGCAACCUGUACCAGUGUAACGAGGCAAACCCAGCACAGAGGAUGUAGAAGUGUGUGCUUUGCUGCUCAGCAACCAUUUAAAGGGAGAAUUAUGCUCGAGUUCCAGUGGAGCCACUGCUUGCAUGACACUGCUGGAGGAUUCCAGAGGGCAGGAGAGAAACCAUCAGCAGCAGCUAUUCCUCUGGACACCAGCAGCAUCAUAUUUACAAGCAGUUAGACCCAGGAAACCGGAUUUCUGUGAAGAGCAUGGCUCAAACCACGCUGGAAAAGCUGACAGUUGCUGCUGCUCUGCACAGCAGUUGUGAAACCAUUUAUAAGUGGGAAAGAAAAACUUGCAGGUUGACAUUAACUGUUCUCAAAUCAGUCAGAAAAAAAACAACAAGGUUGUGUUAUGAACCCAGCAUUUUGUGAAAGGCCCACGUCAUACAAUAUAUGUUGUUAGAAUAUUGAAUUCAGUGUUUCAGGAGUUCAGGCACUACUAAUGAUGCAUUACUGUUUUUAAACUUUAUUUUUUUUUUUUUAAUUUCAUUUUUUGGUAGCUUUUAGAAAGUAAGAUACACUAAAAGAAAAUAAUUUAGUUCUAUGCUCUAGAAAGAGAUCACGGCACUAAGUUUCCUGUGGAAACAAACACCCCACCAACCAACAAAGCAAAACACCAACAAACUUGAAGACUUGAAACCUCAACCUGUGGACUGUUUUCUGUAAAACACAGCACAGAAAGCUUGUGACACUACGCUGUGUAUAGGAACUGUCACUGUUUUGCAGUCUGAGUCCUAAAUCAGAAUAGCAGAAGAACGUUCGUCUCCAGGAGAUGAGGAAGCAGGAGCCUGGCUGGAUUAUGCAGCUAUCAGCUGCACCUGAGGCACUGGUCAUAAAAAUAAUUAGAAAAGACUAAUUAAAUUAAUGGCUAGUAGAGCUAAAAACUGCUUUACCAGUUUACCAUUGCUUGAGAAUCUCCCUCUGGAAAGAGCUACACUUCUGAUCAUGGCAUAGAUCUUUUCCAUUUGCAGUGAAAUUCAACAACACAAGUAUCCCUCUCAGGCUCUUUGGAGACUGCGACCUCCAUUUCUGCAGCACUGUGCACUAAAAUGUAGACUGUUGUAUAGGUGUGAAAUUGUUCCUGCUGUCAUUGCAGAUUUUACAUUAGACAGAAGACAAAAUCCAGUGAUCUAUACAAAUAUAUGGAUUAUCUGUGAAAUCACUGGAGAUUCUCAACCAUUCAGUUGAGAAGCCUUUCAAGCCUUUCAGUCCAACAGCCUAAGAAGAUUUCUUUCCUAUUGUUAAAAAUAGUGUUUUUGCAUCUACUUGCAUUCUUUGCAGCAAACCUGAAAACAGGAAAACGAAAGUAGCAUUGCAGACUUAACUGAGAAUCUGGAACAUUUUAAUGACUAGUCAUAGCACAGGUGCUCAGAGCAUCAUUUCCAGUUGGGAUGAGUUGGAAAGCACAGCUCCCUCCCUGCUGGUACAUCUCCUCCUGGGAUGUGUGCAUUUGAAGCCUGCUCUGGAAGUUCUUCUUGGUUAACAAGUUUAGGGAAUGGAAGGAGGGAGGAAUAAAACACUGGAUCCUCUUCAGUCAUUAGGCAGUGCUCAUGCUUAGCAAGAGGUGUCUUUGUUACAAUUUGAUUCCAAUGCUUCUGUGUUGGUUAACUUCACGCUAAAAGUAACAUUGCCAAGACGAAUUUCUAUAUGGAGGACUAGAAGGGUUCAAAGCUGCUUCUAGAACUGUGCCCCACUUCUCUGCCUGCACUCAUCAUUCACAGUGGCCUGUCCAGAAAGAUACAGUGGCAAAAUAACUGAGUACUGACCUCUAAAUCAGAUAAAAAGGCAUAUUGAGUUUGGUACUAUACUCUAAAAGUGAGAGCUGUAUCUUUAGGUUCACAGAAGGAUUACACAGCCAUGACAUAGAGUUACUUAAGUCAGUUUCUCUAAUCCAAUUUGUGGAUUCUUGGGAGCAAGAAGGGACAGCAGAAGGUGGCCUGGCAUGCACACUCUCCUCCUCCACCUCUGUGGCUGCAGGGAGGUUUUUCAUUGCCUUGGGUUUAAAAGCAGGAAGGUCAGAGUGGCAGGAGUUGCAGGACACUCCCAGCCUGAUCCUCUCCUUAUCCAACCAUGGGUGCCUUUUGAAUUCUUCAAAUAUCGGAGACCUUUCUAAUGAUGGUGCUUUAUGGCCUGGUUGAAGUGAAGGUGUUGGUUUGGUGCAGAAGUCGUUGGGUGAUGUUUACAUCUUCCAUUAUGCAGGAUGUCAGGAUAAACACUUCAUUCUGGCACCGACUGGUGGAUGGAGGGGGUGAUUUGGGAUUUGAUGAGAUCUAUGUAUAGCUGACUAGGCAAAUAAGAACAGUAUUCAGUUUUAUUUGGUGUAAUCCAGGUUUUAAUGAAAGGAUGUGUAAUCUGUAUCUCUUAACAAGUUAGUGUCACUGAAGCUAUUAAUUUCACCUAUCUUUGUUACUCAGUAGGAAUGAAUUUUGCUUGGUACCUAAAAAGCUUUUUGUCUUUACCUCUUUGAAAGAUGCUUAGAAUUUUGAAUUAGUUAAAAAGAAAAAAUAGGGAGAGGGAGGAGAGAAAAACAGACAACAACCAAAGAGGGUCUGCCUGACCUCAGGACAAAGGUAGUGAAGCAAGAGCCUGAAAAGAAUGUGCAGCAAGUAAAAAGGAAGAGGAUGCAGGCAGAUUACAGAUGGAAGUGCCUUUGCUGAGCGUUUUCCAACUGAAGUUGCAAUUUAUUACUAGUGAGGUGACUGACAGCUUCUAUUGUGAAAUUUGCUUUUGGAAAAGCUCACUGGAGUUAGCUUUCCUGUUUCAGACAUCAGUAAGUUCAGUCUAAAAAAUACUUUAAACUAUUCAAGCUGUGAUUUGAAAGCAGUUGGAAGAGCUGCUUUGUUGGCAGAACUAUGGAACAGUGGUAAUCAGACCGGCACAAACAGGACUGUGUGGUACAGAUAGCUGUGAGAAGAGUAGCUUAGGAAUUGCUUAAGUCAUAAAAGAGUUUAAGUGUCCUAAGAACAGAGCAAAAGAGAGAAGCAAGUGCUUCAAAUGGAGCGUCAGCUGAGGAAAGAAAAUAGAAACGGCUGGUGGAAAGAGAAUGUGGAGAAAGGGCAAAGCAUGUUGUGAAGUCUGCGAAGAAACAGAAAAAUGAAUGCAGGUCUUAAUAUCUUUCUUGAGCUUUCUACUCCUUGAUGUCACUUUACAGGAAGGUGCAACACAGCGUGGACUUCUGCUUUCUGCUGAAACAACUGAGUGAGGCUGAUGCCGAACCUCAGGGGGAACAAAGAAUGUGCUUCUAAGGAGCCAGUCUUACACCAGAGGACCUCCUUGCCAAGAGGUGCUGGAGAGGGAAAUCUGCUAUGCUGAAGAUCUUCCCCAGGCCUGUAAGUAAAACCCCAGGAAUGGAACUAUUUGUUUUUGGAUUCUUACACAGCAACAGCCUAACUGCUAGUAAAGGUAUACGCUUUCAUUACAUGUGUUCCUGCUGUUUUUCUGUGAUGCAUCAGUACAGUUAGAAUGAAACCAGAAACCAGCUUUUUCUGUCUGCACACUGGAAAGUUUAUAAGACAGAGGAAAGUUGCUUUGCAGCUCAUCUCCUAGCAAUUUAAAAGCUUCUGAAAUAGAAUUUUGUACUACAGUAACUGCAACUAGGCUAAAGCUGAACGUUCUUUUUUUCAUUUACAGUAAAUGAUAUAUACUGAAAAGUCCCUGUGCACACAGACUUUUUAUUUUUCUUAAAACUCACUUCUCUCUGAAACACACAUCUCCUUCCUUGUCAUUCAUGGACUGAAAAAUAGCAUGCUCUGGGGCUGCUGAGGAGAGAAAGUGCCUCAUUUUGCACUUUCCUGAGGUAGUUUUCUUCCCUUCUUCCCUCCAGCUUUGUCUCCCAUCGAGGAUUUACUGUUUCAGUAUACAUACAUAUGCUGAGUUUUGGGUGUAUUUGGCUAUGUGUGUAUGUGUGUGUGCAGCUUAAAAAAGGACCGAUUCCACCACAUGCUCCAGCAGACUGAGAGUAGAACCCUGAAGGACAUACCAAGCUUGAUCUAACAGAAGAGACAGCAAAAGCAGGCUUAUUUCUAUGGAAAAUCUACAUGCAAAAGCCUUAAGAUACAGUUGAUUCAAUAACCACUUUGUGGGGAAAAAAAAAGGCAGGGGGGUAAGAGAUAAUACAAGACUUACAAAAGAGAAAGUCACGGUAACUCAAUCUUAAGGUAUUUUCUCUGAGUGAAGUUAAGGGGUGUUUGCACGUGUGUUAAAAAAAAUGUGUCAGAUAAAUGAUAGAGAUCUGAUAAAUGGAAGGAGAGUUCUGUCACCUGCUUGCUGGGACAAUCUUGUAGGUGAGUGAAAUUAAACCAGGGAACGUCUCAACUGUGUGCUUAGAAAGCAGGAAAAAUACUAUUUCUUCCUCACCUCAUAGCAGUGAGGGUGACAGGCUACAGCGAAAUCAAUGUAUAGACCAGCCAGUGAUUAUGUUGAAAUUAAAGGCAGUCAGAAAAUAUAACCAGAUGUAACAGAAAUCCUGAAAGCAGAGAUUUAAAGGUUCUUUGUGCGUGCUUUCUAUGUACUUGGAACUUUGUUUAGGAAGUUAUUCUAAGUGCAAGAAUACUGCUCAUAGCGAAGCUGUCUUCAGUUUCAACAGAGAUGCGACUUGGCAGCGCACUCAUCUGAAAACAGCCACAAUUUCUCAACUUGGUCCACAUACUGCUUUCUUAGCAUCUGGAAAUAACAACCAAAUCAUUUUGUUUGGUGUAGUUUAAUUGCCAUAGCAACCAGAAGGCUACUACAAAUCUACAGACAAAGAAAAAAGCAUUAGGAAUGUGGAACGGCCAGUAAUCAAUAGGUGUGAGCCUUGGUGCCUUCCUGCAGUUAGCAACACAGGGUGUACGCCUGCCUCAUAUGCAAGUGUUUACUCUCUGUCUUCUUUUUUCUUUUUUUUUCUUGUUCUGGAGAUCCCUGAGAUCCUAAUCUGCAAAGUUUAACUAUGCUUAAGAAAAUAGACACACAACAGAGAAGUGAAGAUGCCUCUUCUCUGCCAACUCCAUGGCAUAACAUGUUAAUUCCUAACAUCUGCUAAGAGAAUACAACUCAAAAGUGUGAUUUCACAUUAACCUAAUGAUUUUCAUUAAGCCACAGGAGGCAGUGGUUUGAUUUUAAGUGUUGUGCAACUACUACUUAUAAUCCAAUUACUGCUGAUACUACUCCCCAGCUGGCAAUCAGUGUUUUUUGAAGUUCAUAUUUGCUCUGUUUUUUGUGGUUUAUGCUCUGUAAUCAGCCACAGAAGUUGUCAAUUAGCCUGAUUCCUCUUCCCUUGUUGCAGCAUUAGCUCAGUGUGAUUCUUGAAAAGGGAAUGAUUUGCAUCAGUGUAAAAAAGGGGUUGUUCCUCCACUUCUUAUAAGUAUUCACACUGAUGUAUCAACAGCAAGCUCAGCAGUCUGAAUCAUGCAGUUCCCUCAUGCAGGCUAGAAGUACUUAAACUCGAAGCAAACACUUGUUGACUCUACAGUAACAGCUUCUAGCUAUCUCGACUACACAGCAAUUAGAUUGUGGCAAAACACAUGGAUAGCAGGUUUAAAUGUAUUUUAAUGCAGCAUUAAGCAGCAUGAUCACUGCUGCCCAUAAAAGUAAUACAAAUUUUUGAUAAAUGCACUCUGCUCUAAAAUAAUUGUUAAAAAUCUCAGUCUGACUUGAUACCAAAUUCUUUGCCUCCCAGUUUUCUGUCGCUACUUUAAUCCUUGUAGUCUUCACCCCAGUGACACUAGGAUUCAAUGUAAGCUUAGAAAAUGAAAGGUCCCUUGAGGAAUGUAUGCAGGGAGAUGGAAGCAAGACUCACUUGUUUUGCCUAUGUUAAAAUUCCUUUCUGUCUGCAGUCUGGAAGCACGAUAGUAGAGGUUACACUGAAUUGCAGUGACAUCUCUACUCAUGCCAUCCAUCUUGCCCUGUGCAGAUCACAGUAGUCUCAAAUGCCUCCAGCCCCAGCAUCUUCACUGCAAAAGCUGUGUGAGGUGCAUCAGCUUCUUCUGGAAAAUGGAAGCUCUUCCAAGUAAGAAAUGAAAGAGACUCAGAUCUUUGAUCUGCAGUAUGCAACUGACACCAUCGCUCCAGUUCACACUGAUGUCUGAAUAAAACAAACCUCUUUCUUCAGUAAGAAAAAAAACGAGUAUAAAUUCAAUAAAUCCUCCACGCUCCUGUUUUGCUGUUACCUAAAAAACUGAGUACUGAGAAUUAAGCAACUUUGGGAAUUAAUUUUAACAUUAGAAAAUUACUUCCCUGCUAGUGCUUGAAUAUAUAACGUUUUUUUAUUACCAGAAAUACUGGUGUAUGGGAACUGCUGAGUCACGGCCUGAACCUCUGAUUAAUCACCUGAGGUGAGCCAUGAGUCAGCCAGAGGAGCACAGGUGAAGGCAAUCCUGGACCUAUUUAAGAGCUGGCUACCAGAGGGGAAGGAUCUCUUCUGGAGAUCCUCCUCUUUGGUAUCUUCUAGUGAGCUCAACCCAAGGUAUGAGAAGCAGUUGAGCCAUCUGACAUUAUAUUACCUACUUCAGAUGGCACACAAGCUUCUGAGGGACUGGGACAUGGAAAUCAUUACAUCAUCCUUCAGCAGCCAGUGGAUGCUAUCUUCAUUUAACUUACUAAUAUAAGCAAGUUGGAAAGAAGGAAAAUUUGGGGAAAGGAGAACAAAAUGUCUACUCUUAAGAAUUUAGGAAAAUGCAGCUAAAACAAAAUUGAUUUCCCUGAAUGACAAGCUUGGCUCAUAUAUAAAAUGCACAUGUAUGAAGAAGGGAACUCAGAGCAAUUGCCAGCCACAUCAGCUCACUGCAAAGUUCAUAAAGAACAACGAAAGACCAAUGGCUGGUAAUUAUCAAACUUCAGUGUUGGUUAGAUGUUUAUCAAUCUUAGGUGCAGGAGUGAAGCCUAUGAUGUCAAUGAGACUUCUCAUAAACAUAGCUCAAAAGCCAAACAGUCUAUAAAAACUUUUCUUUUGGGGGGGGAGCUGGAGAAUAGAUACUUGCAGACUCUACAUAAAAUGUAUGCUUAUUCUGCCAGAUGAAUGUCUAAUGAAUACACAACCUGAAGAGCAUAUAAAGAUACCCUCAGUAGGAAAACAGCCUGACUGCAGAAACAGUGACCAUUCUGCUGAUCAGAAGCACUUCUUCCUCAAUGUUUCCAGUUUUUACACUAAAAAGGUAAACCUCAGUAUCCUAAUGCUAGUUUUAAAAAAAGAAGUUUGAUACAAACUUUAAAAUCCCAUUUUAAUUGAAAUGUAACAUUUUAAAUAGCUUGUUUUACAGUUUCAAUGUAAAGCAGCGCAUCUGCAGUGCCAGAGAAAAGUUACUAUUCUGUAUCAUGAAGCUGCAGUGAAAACCCAAACCUGAACCACCUUCAAGUAUAGUUGUACCUAAUUUGGGAUCACUCCACACCUGCUGUGUUACCACGUCACACAGAACCGUACUCAAAUUAAUUCAGUAAUCUGUCAUAUGCAGCUGAUCACUGAACACAGUAGCUAGCAAAAAGAAUUACAGAUUUUUUUUUUUUUUUGCUAGAAAGGAGUAGUGAGUUAUGCAAUUCCUUUUAUAAUGACUGAAUGGAAAAUAAGUCUCAAUGGACAAAGAACGCAAACACAACUGACUGGACAGAAUGGGCGCUAACCCAAACUUCUGAGGAGUUCAAGGACUUACCUGAAAGUCUGCUGAGGAAAACGUAACACUCAAAUUCUUAAGUGCUCAUUACAGAAGAAUACCUUCGUUAGCGAGACACAGAAACUAUACUGCUUCAUGGGCUCAUGAAGGAAGGAUGCAUUUCAGAUGACUUUUAUUUUUCCUCAUCAUCAAAUACUACUUCCAGAACCAUACUGUUGCUACGAAGAGGCUUCAUAAACAAAUGAGGAAGUGGUAUAUCCUAUCUUUAUUAAAAACAUGUGGGAGAAAGAAUGUUUGCCAUAUGGGAAAAGAAACAAAAAUCAGCGAGGAAGUUAAGUGCUCAAGCUUCUUGGAUAUCAUAGGAAAAAAAAAAGGCAAAGUUUAAACUGGCUUUAAUAUUUAAUUUUUAUAUUUAUGGUUCUAAGCAUGUGUUCACACAUUUUACAGCUAUCCAACAACAUUUUGAAAUUUCACUGUAAUUUCAGAAUGUCUCCUAGGAACCAGAAAGUUGAAUCAGUGCAAAGAUUUUGGUAUGGUGUGAUGAGUUUAGUAUUAUUGCAUCUAAAUUCCUUGCAGGUUGUUGACCAAAUUAUAGGAGUCUUUAGCAGUGUGAUGUACUUUUAAUUGUUGGGUCAUAUCCUGAAGUGCAUAGGUGCAGCAGCUUAAAAGAUGGCACUGUGGAAAGCCUGCACUGAUUGAACAGUGCUUCAAGAUUAUUUCCUGAAUUCACUUUCUGGAACAUCUACCUUCACUGAUGUCUGACACCCUGUUCCAGCAGCAAAGAGGUGGCUGGCUUUGAUCUCUUGGUCAACUGGAAAGCCAAAGUAGAAAAAUGCAUCUUUGCAGCGUGCAAGGGCAGCUGAUAUUGGUUACUGUAAAAAGAGUUCCAUCUCUAACGGUCUCUCUUCUGUCAUGAAUCCUUUUCCUUUCUCCUUUCCAAACCCAGUUUCUUCUCAUGUCUCACUGGGAACAUGUCAUAGCUUUAGUCUCUUAAAAACAUCAGGUACUAUCAGAUCUAUUUCCACAAGAUCACCAAAUACAUUACAAAAAGUGCAUUGAAUUACAGAGGAGAAAAGUAACAAAAAAGAUGACUCGGUUAAUCACUCUAACUUUGUGAGCUUUACAGAACCUGUGAAGGUAAAAAAGAAAGAAAACUUUAUACUCCACCUUUCAAAACGACAUAAUUGAUUUUUAAAUUCUGAAGAGUAUCUACAAGUAAUCAAGUAAUUUCAGUUCUGCUGGUACGUGUUACAGACACCAAUACUGACAACUACCACAGAAAUGACAGUUUUGAUUCUGGGACGAUGAUGUGAGAACUCGUGAUAUCAAGCAGGCAUUAUAUUCUCAGUUCUCUGAGCAGCCUUUUGAAUACAGUACUGAAACAAACAAAAAAGCUAAUCGAAGAAAAACAAGUGAAAAACUUUAGGUUACAGUCACAAAAGUUUAAGACUCAGCAUGUAUCAGCAAGUUACCUACCCACACAAACUCCCAAUUCCAGUUUUAAGUUGUUCCUGAAGGUGGUAUUAAGCCGAGACACUUUAUAAUGAAGCAGACCAAGUAGUACUACAGGACUAUUGUACCUCAGCAAAACACAAGAUACUCAGAACAAUAUAAUGCAAUUCCUGAGCUACUCCACAUAACCAUGCUUCAGGAUUACAAAAAUAUUUUCUAGUUUUCUGUGAAAUAUAUAAGCUUAAAAGAUAUGCAAAAAUAUGUUUUGGAAACUCAAGUGGUGUUUCUUACUUAACUAGGUUUUCAUCUUCCAUGUAUCACCUAAAAGCAAAGAUGAACAAAUAACAGUAGGGUCAAACAACACUUUAGAUAUCCACUGCCCUCUUAACAUGGCACGUAAAGAGCAUGCCUACAGCUGGAACUAUUUCUUACUUGCUCUAAAUUACAAUAUUCACUAGUGAAUUUAAGAAUGGAUCUCCCACACAUAGACAAGGCCAAAAAAAAAAAAAAAAAAGAAA